AUGUUCAGUCAUCUCCGAUGUGAACGAAGAAGCUUCAACAAGAGAAUAGAUGAGAUCUCAAUUGUGGAGACAACUAGUUUUAAACGAAUAAGUGUUUUUGACGUGAAACAAAGGAAAAUGGAUGCACAACAACAGACUCAGAGUAGAAUGACAAAACCACGAGAAUACUUGAGAAGCAGAGAGUGGUUUGCCGCACGAAUGAAAUAG